GUACGCGUUGCUAUCUGUUUCUUGAGGUGAUUCGGGAUCUCUCAGAACGUUGAGGGUCGGAAAGCGAUCCUGAGGCCAGGUCCCGAGCAAGCAGAGCCACUUUCUUUAUGAGAACCUCAGGUUUAUUUCGUUUUCCUGCAACACUGACCAGAAUAUGCACAGUGCCAUGGGAACUCCAGCUUUGGGAGAAGCUGAGAUUGUUAUCCCCAGGAAUUGCUGUCACUCCAGUCCCGAUGGCAGGCAAGAAGGAUUGCCCUGCUCUGCUUUCCCUGGAUGAGAAUGACCUCAAAGAGCAGUUUGUGAAAGGACAUGGUCCAGGGGGCCAAGCAACCAACAAAACGAACAACUGUGUGGUGCUAAAGCACAUCCCCUCAGGCAUCGUGAUAAAGUGCCAUCAGACAAGAUCAGUUGAUCAAAACAGAAAGCUAGCUCGGAAAAUUCUACAAGAGAAAGUAGAUAUUUUCUACAAUGGUGAAAACAGUCCUGUUCUCAAAGAAAAACGAGAGGCAGAGAAGAAAAAGCAAGAAAGGAAAAAAAGAGCAAAGGAAACCCUAGAAAAAAAGAAACUACUGAAAGAACUCUGGGAAUCCAGUAAAGUGUCCACUGAGAAAAAAACUACAGAACUAACAGAAAUCUGCCAGGAAGCUUCCAGGGAAUAAUGGUGGUGAGUUCCAUCACCAGCAUUGUUAUAGAGCUUUUAAAGAAAUAUUUUUGAAAGAUUUCAAAGACUUCAAAGUUUCUUAAAUGGUAGACUAAACUAGAGUGAACAGAAGUGCACCCUUCAAGAGUAAAACUAUAAAGAAACACAGGGCAAUCAUUACUAUAAAAGGACAGUGGCUGCUUUGGGGGCUAUCGUUGUGAUGCCACUCUGGGGG